UCAGUGUUAUGUAUUUUCAGUUACUAAGACAACCUUUAAAGACACAAAAAGAAAUCAAUACUUAAGCUAUUUGUGUAAUUUAUUGAGCUCGUCUCGUUUUGCAACAACUGCGUUUUCUUGAAUGCGACUUUAAGGGACCUGCUACAGUUUGUUUACAACAUGGUGUCUGUAGGGGAGCUGCUGUCCCUGGUGCUGGUGUCUGUGCUGUGGGGUUGCACCAACCCACUCCUGAAGAGAGGUACUCAGGGCAUAGAGACCGUGGCUCGGUCCAGCAGAGUGGCCCAGCUCCUGGCCGAGCUCAAGUUUCUCCUGCUCAACCUCAGUUACAUUGUGCCGUUUCUCCUGAACCAGAGUGGGUCUUUGGUAUACUAUUACACAUUGUCCACAACGGAAUUAUCUGUCGCCGUUCCUGUGACUAACUCGUUGACAUUUCUUUGCACUUUGAUAACUGGAAAGGCACUGGGAGAAGAAUUUGGAGGAAAAUAUGCUGUUGCAGGCAUGUUCCUAACCAUGGCCGGUAUUACUCUGUGUGUCAUGAGUUCAAUGGACCCAUCGAAACAGAACAAGACCUAAGUUUCGCACUAACUAUGGUGAAUCUUCCCUAUUGGCUACGUGCAGACCGUUUAAUACAGCAUUUAUCUGCACUAAGCACGACAAAGGGUCUGAACGAUUUGAGAUGCCAUUGAAAUUCAAACAGUGUCUCCUCCGCUUCAGAGCCUCUAUCUGGAAUUCUUGACAAAGAGGGUUCAUUUAAGGUUCAGUUAGGACUUUAAGUAGAUUUAUGACACAAUGAAAAUGGAGGCUGUUAACUUGUAAAACUCAUCUUUGCUCUGUCCGUGGGGCAGCAGCUGAACAAGUCACAUAAAUAGGACAAAAACAUUUUAGCAUGUGGCCUAAUAAUUGGUGUGGGGUGUUUGGGGUGGAACAAGCUAAUUGGUGUUGACAGCAAAGAUGUUGUCGAGCUAUUAGUCUUUACAUACUACUGGGUCUUUCUACUUGAUCAACGAUGAAUUAAUAUAACAAAGCUUUUAUUUAUUUUUGUAAUAUUGCAAAUGUUUAUUAUUGUACAUGUAAGAUAAGAUAUUGUAUAUAUUUUAUACUUUGAAAUGAAAUGAAAAUGUUGAAUUAAAUGAACGCACAUGGCACAA